UGUCUCCUGCGUGUCAGGAUUCGGCUCUCUGGCCCCGAGCAGUGGCCCCGUCGCGCCCGUUAGUUUUGGGGGGUUUGGUCUGGGCCCCACGGCCCCUGUGUUCAGUUUUGGCAGUAGCCUCAGUGGAGCAGGUAGUCUGAGAGGUCGGAGGUCACGUCACUCAUGAUCAGCUCACAUCACGUGCUCAUUCGUGUGUUUAGUCCCGCUCUGUCCAUCAGCUCAUGUCCACGUCUGUCCUAUCUUCCUCUCAUGUGUGUGUGUGUGUGUGUGUGUGUGCUGCAGGUGCGUUCGGGGGGUUCGGCUCCACCUCCUCCGCCGGCGCCGGCACCAACUUCAAUUUCUCCACGCCGUCAAACACAGGUGCCAGUCUCUUUGGAAACACUCAGAAUAAGGGCUUCGGCUUCUCGUCCGGUCUGGGCUCCAGCGCACCGGCGGGGAUGGGCUUCGGCGGUGCUCUGGGCAGCACUGGACUGGGCUUCGGAGGAUUCGGUGGGAUCCAGCCCGCUCAGAACCAACAAGGAGGCAUGUUUAACCAGCAGGCGUCUCAGUCCAGUCAGCUCUUUAACACAGCCAGCGCUCUCUCUGCUCCGUCGGUCCUCAACGACGAGCGCGACUCCAUUCUGGCCCGAUGGAACCAGCUGCAGGCCUUCUGGGGAGUAGGGAAGGGUUACUACAGCAGCAGCACACCGCCGGUGGAGUUCAGCCAGGAGAACCCCUUCUGCCGCUUCAAGGCGGUGGGCUACAGCUGUGUUCCUGAUGUGAAGGAUGAGGAUGGUUUAGUGGCUCUUGCUCUCAAUAAGAAGGAAGCUGACGUUCGCUCUCAGCAGCAGCAGCUGGUUGAAUCGAUGCACAAGGUUCUGGGAGGAAAUCCGACUCUUUCGGUCAACGUGGAGGGAGUGCGAGCGCUGCCCGACGAUCAGUCACUCGCUCGCACGAUAUCGCUGAGGAGCGCCGCUGACAUCUGUUUGUGUGCAGGUGUGGAUCCCAUCAUCUGGGAACAGGCCAAAGUGGACAAUCCAGACCCAGAGAAGUUGAUUCCGGUGCCCAUGGUGGGCUUCAAAGAGCUGCUGCGCAGACUGAAGAUCCAGGAUCAGAUGACCAAACAGCACCAGACCAGAGUGGAUAUCAUCUCUAACGACAUCAGCGAACUGCAGAGGAAUCAGGCCACGACCGCCGCCAAGAUCACGCAGUACAAACGCAAGCUGAUGGACCUCUCACACAGAGUGCUUCAGGUACCACACCAUAGAGAACAAAACUGCUCUGUUCCAGUCGCUGCGUUAUGGUUUGUCCUCGUGGUUUGUUCUCAGCAUCUGAAGCACCAGCAGGAGGGUUUGAGUCACCUGAUCAGCGUCAUUAAAGAUGACCUGGACGACAUCAAGACGAUUGAAGACGGGCUUCACGACAGCGUUCACGGACGCAGCAGCAAACUCAGCUGACGCAGCCUACGCGCUCAUUUACACUCAUAUACACAUUUACACACUUAUUUUUACUUGCGUGUGUGAUUGUGUGCCUUCGAUCAGCUGGAAUGUUUUACUGUGUCUGUGAUUGAUUAAUAAAGCUUCACUGUAUGAA